ACUCACCAGUCACAGGGAGAACAGACUGAGGAUGUCGGAGAAUCUAUCUCUGGUGGUCCACGGACCAGGCGAUAUAAAACUGGAGAAGCGCCCAAUUCCAGAACCAGGGCCUGGUGAGGUGCUGUUGAAGAUACAUUCAGUCGGGAUCUGUGGCUCCGAUGUGCAUUACUGGCAGCAUGGAAAGAUCGGUGAUUUUGUUGUCAAAAAGCCAAUGGUUUUGGGGCACGAAGCCUCAGGGACUGUGCACAAGCUGGGGCCUGAAGUACAACACCUGAAAGUAGGUGACAGAGUAUCUAUUGAGCCAGGUGUCCCAAGAGAAAACUGUGAAUUUUGCAAAAUUGGACGCUACAAUCUCUCUCCAACGAUUUUCUUCAGUGCUACACCUCCUGAUGAUGGGACUCUUUGUCGAUACUAUGUCCACAAUGCCAACUACUGUUUCAAGCUUCCUGAAUGUGUGAGCUUUGAGGAAGGUGCAAUGAUCGAACCACUUUCUGUUGGGAUUCAUGCCUGUCGUAGAGGUGGAGUGCACAUGGGACAAAGAGUCCUCAUUCUUGGGGCAGGGACAAUUGGUCUGAUGAACCUGCUAGUCGCUAAAUCUAUGGGAGCGGAUCCAAUUGUAGUUGUAGACAUGGUACAAGAGCGAUUGGACAUGGCAAAAUGUCUGGGUGCCUCUUGUGUUUGCAAGAUGGAAAAGAACACAUGUCCUCGAGAAAUGGCAUCCAAAGUCAAAACUGCUCUUUGUGGUAUGCCAAACAUAUCUAUUGAAUGCACUGGGGCAGAUCAAUGUGUACAGACAGCUAUCCAUGCUACCAACCCAGGAGGAGUUGUGGUUCUGAUUGGUUUGGGUAACACGAACACGUCUGCCCCCCUAUUAACUGCGACAACACGUGAGUUGGAUAUCCGAGGAAUUUUCAGAUACUGUAACACGUGGCCCACGGCCAUAAACAUGUUAGCUUCAAAGAAGGUGGAUGUGAACCCAAUGAUCACACAUCGUUUCCCCUUGGACCAGGCCAUUGAGGCAUUUGAGUUGGUGAAGAAAGGUGGAGGACUCAAGGUGAUGAUUAAUUGUGAGGAGCCAGAAAAGAAGGAACACAAACAGUCGAAAUCACUGGAAGAAUGUCAGAAACAGUGUCAGCAGCUUCUGCAGCAGUGUCAGCAACAGUGUCAGCAGAUGCAGAAAGAACAGAAAGAGCAUUGUGGGCGCACUGCUGGUCACUAA